AUGCGAGAAGUGAUUUCCAUAUUAUCGCGACUAGUCGCAAUUUGUCGCAAGCAAUGGUUAUCAUCAUAUAUUAGCUUGCAAUUUAUUAUUGGUAUUUCAAUUGGUAUCCUACUUGGAUUUUAUGCUACAUUAAAUCAUGAUGAUGAUGAAAUUUCCCUUGGUAUUAAGCAAUCCAUUUCUAUCGAUCAACGGAAGCAAUUUGAUUCAAUUAAUUUAAAUACUUCAAUUCUAUCCGAUAUUCGAAUACAAUGCAUCAUAUUCAUUCGUCCCAAUCAGUUAUUUAAACAGAAAUAUAUACAAGCAUUACGUGAUACUUAUACUAAACAAUGUAAUCAUACUGUUUAUGUAACAAAUUCAAAAGAAAUUCGUCGUAACUUUGCAGAAGAACUUAAUAUUGCAUUUAUAAAUACGAAGAAAACACAAUAUCAUUGGGAUUUAUAUCGUGAAAUUAUUAAAUAUUCCAUAAACUAUAGCAAACAACAGAAUUCAUAUUGGACAAUUAUUGUUGAUGAGCAAACAUUUAUUGUUAUGCCAAAUUUACGAAGAAUAUUGCUAGCUUACAACAAUUUACAACAAUCUCUUAUAUUGGGAAGAACAUUCAGUAAACGAAAUUUAUUUUCAUAUUUAUUUCCAUGGAAUAUUUAUAAAACAAUUCUACCUGAAGCUGGCAUUGUUUUUUCUCGUACAGCUUUGGAGCAUAUGACGAAUGAUACAUGUUUUGGAUGGUUUUCACCUCGUGGUACAGAACGAGCAUUGAUACAAUGUUGUAGUUUAAUGAAUGUACAACUUAUUGAUCCAAUUGAUAAGGAAGGAAAGCGUUUAUUUAUUCCAAUUGGUUUACAGGAAUUAAUUGCAGGCAGUAAUUCCGAUUUUUCAAAAAAUACGAAUAAAUUUUUCUAUUGGUAUAGCGAUGAAGCCGUAUCAUUCGGUAAUUUAAAUUAUAGUGAUCAUCGAGUUUUGGAUUUUGCAACUACAACAAUCAAAGUGUUUGGCUAUUAA